AUGGAUGAUAAUAGGAGAUAGAGAGCUUUACAUAGUUUAAGGUAUUAUGAUACAAACAUUAAUUUACAAGAAGAAGAAGAUGUGGAUGAUGAUGAAGGCUUUGUAAAUCUUUUUUAAUUUAAAAAGAAGAAGAAGACACAAAGAUUACCUCAACAAUUUAACUAGAGAAUAGCUGAAAAGCUGAGGCAAAAUGAAGAGCAAAAAAUACUUGAGGCAUACGAGAAGCACCUAGAAGAAGAAUAGAAUGCUCUUAAGCUAAUGGAUUUGGAAAAUUAAGAGGAUUUAUUCAGCUCAUUUGAUAACAAUUUCUAUAGCAACAAAUCUUUAUUUGAGCAAAUAUGGUUUUAGCAAGACCAUAAUCUAAAGGUGUGUCUUAACUAUAUUUACAAAAAAUUCCUCUAGCCUAAGGGGAUCAAUUUAAGUGAAACUGAAAAAAAAAUUCUACUCUCAAAAUUGAAUACGCUUGUUAUAGGAAGAUCAGGAACUGGGAAAACUACAUCCACUUUGCUAAAAAUAUCAGCUAUGGAUAUGAGUUUUAAAAAAUUCUAAGAAAAAGAUGUACAGCCAAUCAAAAAUUUAAGGAUAUGCUUCACCACUAUUUCUGACUACUUAAAACAAGAUGUGCAUACAACUUUUAGAUCAAUAACAAAUUCAAAUUCAAAUGUUUAAAAUUAUGAAGCACAUUCUCUUUCGCAUGUUAAAACAUGGCCAUUAUUUACAACUGUCAGAAAUCUAAUAAAUAUGAUAGACGGAAAUCUAGCCAUACCUUUUUUAAAAAGAGAUACAAAUGGAAGAAUCCUUAAUGACUUAGGCUACUAGAAUAAUAACUUUAUCAGAUCAAAAAUUAAAGGAGGUGAUGAGUUUUAUCAAGAAAUAGGAAUUUAAUAGUUCAUACAUGAGUUUUGGCAAGAGCACAAAUAAUAGUUAGAAACACUGAAUGUUGAUUACUUCACUGCUUAUUCUUAAAUUAAUUCUUAUAUUACAGGGCAUUUAAAGAGCUUUUUAUCACAUGAUGGUAUGAUAUCUCUCCAAUAAUAUAUUAAUAUAGUUGGAAGGACAAAAAAUUACUUAGAUAAUCAAUAAAAAGUCAAUAUUUAUAAGAUUUGUCAGAUGUACUAAAAAUGGAAGAUAAGCAAAAAGUACUUUGAUCUAAAUGAUUAGGUUAUUUACAUUCUCAAACAAAUCUUUUAAAAAAGAUACUUUUCAAACGAUGGAUUCUUUCAUUAUAUAUUUAUUGAUGAGGUUCAAGAUCUGAACUGCUUGAUAAUUUACCUGCUUACAAUUAUAACUGAAUAAAAUAUAUUUAUGGGAGGAGAUACUGCAUAAACUAUAAGCUAAGAAAUAGCUUUUAGAUUCACAGAGCUUAAAGCUUUCUUUCAGAAAAGAUUUAUGAUAGAAGAUUUUCCUUCUACUUUAGUACUAUAACAGUAGCUUGUUGAAGAGUAGUUAUUAAAAAAUUUUAGAUGCCAUCAGUAGAUAACAGCAAUAAAUAACACUUUAAUAAGGCUAUUAGAGCUUCUAUUUCCAACUUCUAUUGAUAUCUUAUAACAAGAGAUUUCAGAAAAAUAGGGACCUAAACCUUUGCUUAUCCAUGAUGUUAAUCAUCUCAAAAAAUUUUUAUUUCAAGACAUUAAAUUGAGUGAAAAUGAUUAAAAAGGUGAUCUAGAUAAACAUUUUGGAAUUUGUGAUCGCUUAUAAGCAUUUUUAGUUUAAAAUGAUACAGAAAAAGAGAAAAUAUAAAAAAUAUUAGAUUAAGAUGUGCAGCUGUCAAUUUUUUAAGUAUAUACUAUCUUUGAGUCAAAAGGACUAGAGUUUUAAGAUGUUAUUACCUAUAAUUUACUCAGUAGUUCAUUUAAAGCGACAGGCUGUUGGGCUGUACUUAAUUAUAUCUCUGAAAAUUUUGAGAAAACCUAAUAAUUAGAAUUUCAUAUUUAGAAAGUCUAUGGUAAAGAGUUUCCUAAACUUAUACCAGAAAUUAAAAAUUUGUAUGUAGCUUUUAGUAGAGCUCGCUCAAGAGUUUUUAUUUUUGAAGAUUUGGAUGGGCAGUAAAAAAUCUUUAAGAACCCAAUUUCUAUAUUUUUCGAAAAGCACCAUUUGAUUGAAGAAAAAUUAUUAACUGAAGAAUAGCAGAAGCUGAUUAUGGAAUGUCAUAAAUCUUAUAUUGUUUAUAAUGAACCUAAAAUAAAUCCUGAUUAAUUUUUACAGCAAGCUCAGAUUUUAUUUGAAAAGAAGCAGUAUAAAUAUGCAGGAGAUUUCUUUAAAAGAAUUGGAGAUUAGAGCAAUUAUCAUCUAUGUUAGGCAAAGCUAAUAGCUGACGAUGCUAGUAAGCUCAUAGUACAAAAUAAAUAAAAGUUUGAGAGUGAAAAAUAACUUUAUCUCAUGAAUAGAAUUGUUUGUGAAAACUAAAUUCAAAUUUACAAGCAAGUAAAAAAAAUGUUUUAGGAUAGCUUAUAUUUUUUAGAAAAAAUAGAAGAUUUUAAAACAAUUUCUUAAAUAUAAUAUACACUUGGAGAGUAUGAGCUAGCAAUCGAAGCAAGUAAAAAUAGGAUUCAAUAAAUAAAAUAAAAUAAAGAUAUUUAACUUGAGGAAAAAGAAAUUAUGAUCAGAGAAAUUAGCAGAGAAAUUAAAAUAUUUUAUCUCAAUUUACUUUUAAUUCUAGAAGAAAAAUUUAAAUCAGCUCAAAAUGAGAUUUAAUAACAAAAAAAGAAAGCUGUUUACAUAGAAUUCGAUAUAACUUUGGAAAGUUUCCCAUUGAUUGAUAUUGAACUUGUUUUAUUUGUAUAAAAUAAUGCUUAAGAUUUCAAUAAACUCUAUAAUUCUCUGGUUGAAACUUCCUUUGCUUUUGAUGACAAGGAAUUAAAAAAAAAUAUCAACUAUUAUUAUCCUUCUCUCCUUAACAAUGAAUUAAGUGUUUAUUAAAAAUUUUAUUAACUUUAAAGAGUUAUUGAAAAGCAAGAAAAUUCAUAAUUUUUCUCAAACUAACAUAAAAAAUUCAUAGAACCAUUUUAAGAUAUAUUUUAACAAAUAAUUAUUGCAAGAAUGAGCAAAAAAUAAAUAGAAAAUUUAUCCAUAGAAUUUGAAUAGUUAAUCAAUAAUUAUAGCUUAAAUAUAUCAUCUUAAUAAUUUUUAAUGCAAUUUAUAAUUUAUGGCCAUUUUAAUUAGUAUGAAAUUUAGUUAAUGCUAAGUAGGUAUUUUAAUAACUAAAAGUUACAAUUGCUUAGCAUAGCCAAUUUUGCCUUUCAAAACUAUAAAAACAGUGGAAAAAUCAAUAAUUUUUUAGAUAAAAUCAUUACUGAUUAUUAAAUUUUUUAAUAGAAUUCAUAUCAUUCAUAAAAUUUAAACUUAAAGCAUUUAACAUUUUUAGGUUUAUAUGAUAAGCUUAUUGAAAGAAAAAUUGAACCCUAUUCUGAUCGUUUCUUAUUUAGUUUGAACUACUUUAAAUAGAGCAAAUCAAGUUUUAAGAAUAUAAUUUAUCAACAUUUAAUCAAUUUUUAAAUAUUUUCCAAGUCAAAGUUUAAAAAUUUUGAAAUAUUAAAAUCUUCAUAUGAAAUAAUUGAAGAUUGUGAAUAAAAUUCGGAAAAUAUGAGUUAUAAAGAAAUCUAUGAUUAUGUUUUAAUGUAACAAAAUCUGAUGAAAAUUAGACAAAAUUCAGAUAAAAAAGUUCAAAAAAUUCCUUAAUACUAAUUUAAUUUUAAUUAUGGUUUGUAAUAAUUUAAAUAAAUUAAAGAACAACGUUAUAUUGCCAAAUUAAGAAUAAAAGAAAUCAAGUAUAAAUGUUUCUAAAAAUAUGAAUAAAAAAAUUUCAUUGAUGUUUUUUUGAGUUCAGUACAAGAAUUAAUGAAAAUAAUAGAUGACAAAUAUCCACGCAAAUAAAUAUUUAUGAGAUUUUUUGAAUAUUAAAAAUUAUUAUUUAAAUUUUACUAUGGAAUGAAAAUAAUAUCUCUUACAACUUGCUUCAUUGAUUUUGAAACCUAGCAAAUAGAGUAGAUAACUAGAUUAGCUUCAUUAAUAAUUAACUACAAUAAUUCAGUCUGCAGCUAAAAAAUCUUUGGGGAAGAUAAUAAAUUAUUUAUAGAUGCUCUUUGUUCAAUAUUUGGGUAUGUUUGCCCUAAUAGUUCGAGAUUUGAAAAUCAAGUUGAAAGUUAAAUAAAUAUUUGGGAUGACUACAAUGUAUCUGAUUUCUACUUUGUCGAUUCAAAAUCUUAGUUUUAUGAAUAAGAUCAAUAGGUUAUUAACCUCUUUGCGUUUUUCCCAAUCAUUUCCAAUUAUAAUAUUUAAGCUGUUUACAGAUAAAAAGCUAUACUCCUUUCAAAAAAAAGAAUUGCAUAAGUACUGAAAGAUUUUAUUAUCGGGUAUUCUUAAUAUCUAAUUUAUAAAAUUAAGGAGAGUUACAAAACAAAAAACUAUGAAGAAAAUUAAACUCAAUUAAAUUAGUCAAUUUAAAUUUUGUACUUGUAAAAUGAACUAAAGGUUAUUAUGAAAUCCUAAUUUUCUUACAUAAUUAGCAAGCAGAUUGAACUAAUUAAAAAAUAAAAUUAGUUGAAUGAUGAAUAAGCUGAGGAAGCUUUUGAAAUAUAUUUUAAAAAGUUAUUCUAAAUUGAUAGUUAUGAAUUAACUAGAUUAAAAUAUAUCAUAAUUAAAAAUGGCCUAUUUAUUUAAUUCAAUAAAAAUUUGUAAUCAAAAAUUCAUGAUGGAGAAUAAAAUUAAUUUGUUACAUUUUUUGUUCAAGAAUUUAUAGUAAUCUCUAAAAAAAUGUAGGAUUUAAAUUAAAAAGAGAAAGAAGAGACUGAAUAGCAACAAGAAGUUAAUAUAAAUAAGAAUAAUUUAGGAUUAUAAAGUAAUAAUCAAUAAAUUUCUAUAUAAGUCAUUUAAGAAGAGAAUUAGGAAUAAAAAUUAAUAAGUUAAAAUCAAGGAAAUUUAAUUGAAUGUGAAAAUGAGCUGUAAAAUAUAGGAUAAGAAUUAAUGUCUGACAAUAUCUCAGAAAUAUAGUAGUAAUAGAAUUUAAAAGAUAAAGAGAACUUGGUGGGUUAAUAGAAUCUUGGUAGUUAAAAUUUUGGUGAUGACGAUAAUGAUAAUAUUGAGGUUCUUGAAGAAGAUUUAUAAAAUGAAGAUGAAGAUGAAGAUGAAGAUUUAUAAGAUUAAAUUAUAAUUAAUUAAAAAUUGUAAGAAAAGGAGUAAAAAGAUCUAUUUGUUGAAUGCUUAGAAGGGUAUAUGUACAUUUUUUCGAUGAUGCAUAUAAGGUAGUUAACUCAUUUUAUUCCAUAGUAAAUGAAAUUAAAUUGUGAUUUGGCUAAAGCAAUCUUUUAAUUUUUUAAUUCAAAACAAUAAAAUUAAUUGAUUUAUAAUAGCAAAAAUGCUUUAGAAAUAAUUCAUCAUAUAAAAGGUAGAGACUAGAAAAUAACAAAUCUUUUAUUACUUACCAGCUUAAGUGAGUUUAUAAAACAUAUUACCAUAGAAGAUUUUGAAUAUCUUGAUAUUUUAGAGGAAUAGGUAGAAUAUUUUGAUAUUCAAUAACAAAUAAUUAUUAUAAAUAAAAAUAAAAAUUCUGAAAAGCUUAACUAUUUUAAUAAAAUGCUUUGCUAGAAUUAUCUUGUUAAUGUUUUUAAUUGUGUUUAAAUUAUAGAAAUUCAUUCAUUUAAUAAGUUUAAAAUUAAUAAUAUAAUAGUUUAUGCAACACUCUUAGCCUUUUCAAAUUAUAACUUUUCUUUUACAUAUGAAUUCUUGGAAGGUUUUUCAUAAUUCCUAAAAUAGAUGAUAAAUUAUGAUAAAAAAAGAAACAAAUCACGUUUCUAUUUUUAUGAUUAAAUAGAAACACAAUUUUAAAAUUAUCAAGAAAGACUAUAUAUUUUUAGGAGUCGAUAUUUUAAUACACUAAUCUACUUAUUAGACAAUAAAUAUUUAAGAAGUCUUCAAAUACUCUUAAAAAAUACUAAGUAACACCAUUUAUAGAGUUUAUAUUUUUUGAGGAGUAAAAGAUAUUAAAUAAAAGUAAACUAUUUAGAAAAAGACACAUAAAAUGAGAAUAAUUUUUAUCAAAAAAAAAGAGAAGAAAAAUAAAUAGUUACAUAAGAACUAAAAAAUCUAAAUAUUUAUUCAAAUCAAAACAAUCAAUUGAAUUAUAACCAUUAAAAAAUUUAUUAGAGAUAUGAUUUUAUUGGUUACAUUCAUUAAAAGCUAGAUAAAGAAACUCAAAUAUAAAAACUCUGUGAUUUAAUUUGUAAAGAAAAUACUUUAAAGGAUUUGAUUACAAAAGCUAUAAAAAUCUUCUAAAAAUCAAGAAAGUAAAUUUUAAACUAAAUAAGUUAAAAUGAAAUCGUUUCAAGCGAACAAUUCAUGCUCUCAUUAGAAAAGCUUGAAGCUCUAGGAAAUUAAGAAAAAAAAUUAGUUUUAAAGCUAGAAGAAUUCAAAAACUUUUAAGAAAAUUUAAUAGCUUAAUAACAACUAAAAUCUUAAUUAUAAGAGUAAAUUAGCAAACUCUAAUAAAUAUUUGAUUAAUUUAAAAUUGAUAAAACAUUAAAAAUAGAAUUUGAUGUUUUGGACAAUUUGAUGUUCAUCAAACAAUAAUUAGUUAAUUUGAAUUGA